AUGCGUGAGAUUGUACGUAUCGCCCGAAUCUGCAAGUCCCUGUGGCGCGUCGCUGCCCCGCGCCUGGAUAUCAUUCAGGGACAAGUCAACACAGAACAACAGCUAACGACGUUUCUCUGCAACAGGUUCACCUCCAGACCGGGUAACCAAAUCGGUGCUGCCUUCUGGCAGACCAUCUCCGGCGAGCAUGGCCUCGACGGCUCUGGUGUCUACAACGGCACUUCCGACCUCCAGCUGGAGCGCAUGAACGUCUACUUCAACGAACAGGCCUCCAACAACAAGUUCGUGCCCCGUGCCGUCCUCGUCGAUCUCGAGCCCGGUACCAUGGACGCCGUCCGCGCUGGACCUUUCGGUCAGCUCUUCCGCCCCGACAACUUCGUCUUCGGCCAGUCUGGUGCUGGUAACAACUGGGCAAAGGGUCAUUACACUGAGGGUGCCGAGCUGGUCGACCAGGUCCUCGACGUCGUGCGCCGCGAGGCCGAGGGCUGCGACUGCCUCCAGGGUUUCCAGAUCACCCACUCCCUCGGAGGUGGUACUGGUGCCGGUAUGGGUACGCUCCUCAUCUCCAAGAUCCGUGAGGAGUUCCCCGACCGCAUGAUGGCCACCUACUCCGUCGUGCCUUCCCCCAAGGUCUCCGACACCGUUGUCGAGCCCUACAACGCCACACUCUCCAUCCACCAGCUGGUUGAGAACUCUGACGAGACCUUCUGCAUUGACAACGAGGCUCUCUACGACAUCUGCAUGAGGACCCUCAAGCUGAACAACCCCUCCUACGGCGACCUGAACCACCUCGUCUCCGCCGUCAUGUCGGGUGUCACCACCUGCCUGCGUUUCCCCGGUCAGCUCAACUCUGACCUGAGGAAGUUGGCCGUCAACAUGGUUCCCUUCCCCCGUCUCCACUUCUUCAUGGUCGGAUUCGCACCCCUUACUAGCCGCGGCGCCCACUCCUUCCGCGCCGUCACCGUUCCCGAGCUCACCCAGCAAAUGUUCGACCCCAAGAACAUGAUGGCUGCUUCCGACUUCCGCAACGGUCGCUACCUGACCUGCUCUGCCUACUUCCGUGGUAAGGUCUCCAUGAAGGAGGUCGAGGACCAGAUGCGCAACGUCCAGAACAAGAACUCCUCAUACUUUGUUGAGUGGAUCCCCAACAACGUUCAGACCGCCCUCUGCUCCAUUCCUCCUCGCGGCCUGAAGAUGUCCUCCACCUUCGUCGGUAACUCCACCUCUAUCCAGGAGCUCUUCAAGCGUGUCGGUGACCAGUUCACUGCCAUGUUCAGGCGCAAGGCUUUCUUGCAUUGGUACACUGGUGAGGGUAUGGACGAGAUGGAGUUCACUGAGGCUGAGUCCAACAUGAACGACUUGGUCUCCGAGUACCAGCAAUACCAGGAGGCUUCCGUCUCCGAGGGUGAGGAUGAGUACGACGAGGAGGCUCCUCUUGAGGCUGAGGAGUAA